AUGAAAUUAGUAUCACAGUUACCGAUACUAACUGUUGAUACAACAUAUAGUAGUAGUAAUAGUAGUAGUGGUCGGUAUCAGCCGCCGCUGAUGAACAGUAUUUGUUUGCCCGACAAAGACAUUGUUAAUACCGCUAAUGAGUUGGCAUUGAGUGCCGGUUACGGUUAUAUUGAUGAAGGAGUUGUCAACAAUGGAUCACUGAUGAUGGCUGGACUCAUGAUUGACAAACUUAUUGAUAAUAGGACCGAUGCUAUGGGUAAUUGGAUAUUAGGAUAUAGACACCCAUUUAGCAAUGAAAGUCCUGCUGUUUGUAAGGGCGAUUCUGGCGGACCAUUGAUCCAGUAUGUCGGGGAUCGGGCUGUACUUAUUGGCAUAAACUCGCGUAGCAGUAGAAUAGGUCCUAAUAAUAAUUGUCAGACUACCGAUCCAUAUAAACCAAUGUUUUUUAUGAGAGUCUCAAAAUUUAUCGAUUGGAUUGUCAAUAUUGUUACUAAUAAUUAA